AUGAAGCACCGCCAUGAGCCGGAGGAAGCAACAACGUCCCUGCCGACCCUGUGGCGCGCGCUUCCUCUCUUCCUGCUCCUGUCCCUGUCGUCCUCGCAGCUGCAUGGCGUGAGUUCGGCGCCGGGAGAAGCGGAGGCCCUCGUGGGGUGGAAGGAUAGCCUGACGCUCCCCUGGGUGGGCGCUCUCGCCUCCUGGGACCCCAAGGCCGCCGCUAACUCCACCGUUGCGGCGUGCGGGUGGGACGGCGUAUCCUGCGACGCCACCGGCCGCGUCGUGGGCAUCGACGUGGCAGGCGUCGGCCUCGCUGGCACGCUCGACGCCCUGGACCUCUCGUCGCUGCCCAGCCUCGGCGGCCUGAAUCUCAGCUUCAACUCGUUGACAGGGUCCUUCCCGUCGAACGUAUCCACGCCGCUUCUCCGCAUCACAUCCGUUGACUUGUCCAACAACAACAUAUCUGGCCCAAUCCCGGCGGCUCUGCAGGCGUACAUGCCGAACCUCGAGCACCUCAACAUUUCUUCCAACCAGCUCACCGGCGAUAUACCUCCGUCCCUCGCAAACUUGACGAAACUUCAGAGCCUUGUUCUUGCCAAGAAUCUUCUUUCCGGCGGCAUACCACCUGAGCUCGGAUCCAUCUCCAGGUUACGGGUGCUCGAGCUGCACAGCAACCCGCUGGGUGGCGCGAUCCCCGUCUCUCUCGGCAAGCUCCGGUCGCUGGAGCGCAUCAAUGUCAGCAUCGCUCUGUUGGAGUCCACCAUUCCGCCUGAGCUCAGCCGCUGCACCAAUCUCACCGUUGUCGGCCUCGCCGUUAACAAGCUCUCUGGGAAUCUGCCAGUAUCUUGGGCCAGGCUGAGGAGAGUGCGGGAAUUCAACGUCUCCAAGAACAUGCUCACGGGGGAGAUCUUGCCGGACUAUUUCAGGGCGUGGACCCGCCUUUCGGUGUUUCAGGCCGACAACAACCGUUUCACCGGCGGAAUCCCCGCGGAGGUCAGUAUGGCUUCGAGGCUGGAAUUCCUGUCUUUGGCGACCAACAACCUCUCGGGCUCCAUCCCGGCGAUCAUUGGAAGCCUGACGAACCUCUGGCUGCUGGACCUCGCCGAGAACCAAUUUUCGGGCAUUAUACCACGGACCAUCGGCAACCUCACGAGAUUAAACACUCUUCGGCUGUACGACAACCAGCUCAAUGGCCGGCUGCCGGUGGAGUUCGGGAACAUGACAGCGCUGGAGAGGCUUUCCAUAAGCACCAACAUGCUCGACGGCGAGUUUCCGGCCGAGCUCGCCCGGCUGCCAAAUCUGCUUGGCCUCGUCGCCUUUGAUAACCUGUUCUCCGGAGGCAUCCCUCCAGAUUUUGGCGGGAACGGCUUGCUCUCCAUUGUCAGCAUGGCAAACAACAACUUCUCCGGCGAGCUGCCCCCGGGGCUGUGCAAGAGCGCCCCCAGGCUUCGGUACCUUGGCCUGGACAGCAACCAGUUCACCGGCGCUGUGCCUGCUUGCUACCGCAACUUCACCAAACUGGUACGCAUCAGGCUGGCACAUAACCGGCUUGCCGGUGAUGUGUCGGAGAUCUUCGGAUCUCAUCCUAGCCUGUCCUACGUUGACUUGUCCGGGAAUUCGUUCGAUGGCGAGCUCCCAGAGCACUGGGCUCAGCUCAAGAGCCUCUCAUACCUGCACUUGGAUAGCAACAAGAUCAGCGGAACAAUUCCUCCCAGUUAUGGUACCAUGGCUGCAAUGAAAGGUCUGAGCCUGGCAUCCAAUCGGCUUGCUGGCACGAUCCCGCUCGAGCUCGGUAAAUUACCAUUGCUCGAACUGAACCUGAGUCACAACAAGUUAUCAGGACCAAUUACUCCAACAUUGGCGAGUGUCACCACGAUGGAAGUGCUGGACUUAUCCGGGAAUGAGCUCGACGGCGGUGUGCCAGUGGAGCUGACGAAAUUGGAGCGCCUUAUUUACCUGAACCUGAGCAGCAACGACCUGACAGGAGAGGUGCCGGCUCUGCUUGGCAAGAUGAACUCACUGACCGACCUGGAUCUUAGUGGCAACCCAGGCCUGUGCGGCGACAUUGCUGGCCUAGACUCUUGUGGCUUGAAUUCCACUAGCCUCGGAGUUGGCCCACGGCGAUACAACACAAGACUAAUCCUUGCUGUCGUUCUGUCUGUUGGUGCAGCAAUGUUGGUCUGUACCUCUGUGGUUACUUGCUUACUGGUGGUCCGCAAGAAGAGGCGAACCGGCGAAGACACCACAGAGACAACAGCGAGCGGCAGCACAACGGCUCUGCAGGCAUCCAUAUGGAGCAAGGAAGUGGAGUUCUCCUUCGGCGAAAUCCUGGCCGCAACAGAGCACUUCAACGAGGCCUACUGCAUCGGCAAGGGAAGCUUCGGGAGCGUGUAUCGUGCGGAAGUCCUCGGCGGCCACGCCCUCGCCGUAAAAAAACUCGAUGUGUCGGAAACAGGGGACGCUUGCUGGGGCAUCAGCGAGAAGAGCUUCGACAACGAGGUGAGGGCCCUGACGCGUGUCCGGCACCGGAACAUCGUCAAGCUCCACGGGUUCUGCGCCACGGGCGGGUUCAUGUACCUGGUCUACGAGCACGUCCAAAGGGGCAGCCUCGGCAGAGUGCUGUACAGGGGCGGUGAACGCAGCGGACAGAGGUUCGACUGGCCGGCGCGGAUGCGGGCGAUCAGAGGCCUGGCACAAGCGCUGGCCUACCUUCACCAUGACUGCUCGCCGCCCAUGAUCCACCGCGACGUCUCAGUCAACAACGUCCUGCUGGACGCUGAGUAUGAGACGCGGCUGUCGGACUUUGGCACGGCGAGGUUCCUCGGCCCCGGGCGCUCCAACUGCACCACUGUAGCCGGCUCCUACGGCUACAUGGCACCAGAGCUCGCCUACCUGAGAGUGACGACCAAAUGUGACGUGUACAGUUUCGGCGUGAUUGCCAUGGAGAUCCUGAUGGGCAAGUUCCCAGGCGGGCUCAUCAGCUCAUUAUACAGCAUGGACGAGACGCAGGCCGACGUCGGCAAGUCAUCAGCACUGCUGCUGCUCAGGGACUUGUUGGACCACAGGUUGGAGGUUCCCGAUGAGCAGCUGGCCGCGCAGGUGGUGUUCGCCUUCGUUGUGGCCCUGUCCUGCGUCCGCACGAACCCAGACACCCGGCCAACCAUGCGAAUCGUAGCACAGGAGCUCUCCGCUCGCCGGAGAUCGGCCUUGGACAGGCCGUUUGACACGAUCAUGAUCGGCGAUCUCAUCAGCUCACGGGUAUGA